AAUUAUAUAUAUAUAUAAAUAUUUACGAAUUUAUUUUUUAAAUAAUGCUAAGUUAUAAUUAUAAAUUGAAUAUAUAUAUAGUUCGAAAUGGAAAAAUAUUAUGAUAAAAUAAGAUCAAAGUUCAAAAAUCUCUAUUUAUACUUUUCUUCAUUAUCUUCAACUUGCAGAAAAUUAGUGACGCAAUACUAUUCAGUUAUUAACGAUUAUUUAUAUGGAAAAUAUACGAAAUUUUGUUCUGUAAAAAACAAAUUAUUAAACAUUGUUUUAUUAUUAUAUUUAUUUUAUUACAGUUAUUAAUUUAAGAAAUCAAGUUGUAGGAUAUUUAACAAUCAAAGAAAUAAGUGAUUUAUUUUUCAAAUAUUUAUAAUUUAUUUUGAAAAUUUGAAAUAUGAAUUGCGUGACGAUUUUUACAUUACUGGCGAUUUUUCUUGGAUGUAAAAGUUACACAUUACGACGGGAAUGCUUUGAACAUCAUCAUUGUCCAGAUUAUAAACCGGCUUGUUUUGAUUCAAUAUGUAUGAAUCUUUGUGAAGAUAGCUGUGGAAUUAACACCGUUUGCAAAUUACGAGAACGAGUCACUCCUGUUUGUUAUUGUAUGGAUGGAAUGAUUGGAGAUCCAUUUAUCAAAUGCUGGAAACAUGAGGAUUGGAAUAAUGAAAAUUCAAACCAAUGGGGAGAAUCAUCUCAAGAGUCGAUGGAAUUGAUUUCCGCGAUAUUAUAUUCUUAGCCAGGUUGUGUAAUGGUAAAUUUUGGUCAGUUAUUUCACCAAUAUAGGGUGGAAGAAAACUAUAGCUACCACCAAAACUAAAGCCAGCAAAAAAUCUUGCUGCUAAUAAAAAAUGAUAAUUAUUGGCAAAAUUAAUUAAUAUCCAAGAAAUAAGAUGUGCUAUUGCAAAUAGAAAAA